CCGACAUGGGAAACGGAAACCGAGCACAGCAGAAGCGUGAGCGCAACGCUGCAGCGGCGAAGAAGGAGCCCAAGUCGCAGCUCAAGACCAACCAGGCGGCCAUGAAUGUCAUCUGCAUGAACUGCAGGCAGACUUUCCUCCAGACCGUCAGGGAGCCAGCGGUGAGUAGCGAUACAUUGAUGAGCAUAUGAAGGUGUCGCGUGCGAGCAUCACUACGGGGACCACUUUUUGGCCUACUUGGGGAGUCCGAACUACUGCUGAGUCCGAACUACUGCUCUCUGUCCGUUCGUAACAUGACUCGAUGGAGAGCAAGAAGGCGGUCCCGCCCGAGAUCGAGGUUUCGAAAGCGGAGAAGGGCGAUUCAUCGCUAGGACAGUGGCAAGGGGCUUCAGCAUCCAGCUUCUUCUGCAUGAAGCUCGUGAUUCGCUCUUCGUUCUGCUCUCGGAGUUCUCUGCUCUGGCCCCCUUGAUCCUCUUGCUCGCAUCGUCGCUGUUGGCCCGGUUUUCAGGAUUUGCUGACUUAAAAGUAACUUUCCAGCUCAAGGAACAUGCCGAGAAGCACAAG